CUCUUUUCCUGUAAAUUUCCUUUGUUUUGAUUUUUUUUUCUUUUAAAAUAAAUAAGAACAAAAAAUAGGUCAGAAUCCAUUAUCAAUUUUCACCAUAUUCCCCCAAACAAAUGUCAAAAAACCAUAAAUCCAUAGCAACCCACAAACCUCUUUUUGCAUUUUCCCCAAAGUUAGCACCUUGUUCUUGUUUUUGUCUCUCCAAAAUCCAAUCUUUAUAGAGUUUUAUUUUCAAGUUGGGUUUUUUUAUUUUCUGGGUUUUCUUUGUUUGUUUCAUUUCAAUCUAUGGAACCAAGCUCAGCAGCAGCAGCUGAUCAUGGACAUAUUAAAGGAGUUCCAACUCAUGGUGGAAGAUAUGUUCAGUACAAUGUGUAUGGCAAUCUCUUUGAGGUUUCAAGAAAAUAUGUCCCUCCGAUCCGCCCUGUCGGUCGUGGGGCCUAUGGGAUUGUCUGUGCCGCUAUGAAUUCUGAUACUCGUGAGGAAGUUGCCAUCAAGAAAAUUGGUAAUGCAUUUGACAAUCGAAUAGAUGCGAAGAGGACGCUUAGGGAAAUUAAACUUCUUCGUCACAUGGAUCAUGAAAAUGUAAUUGCCAUCAAAGACAUCAUAAGGCCUCCACAGAAGGAAACUUUUAAUGAUGUGUACAUUGUCUAUGAAUUAAUGGACACAGAUCUUCAUCAGAUAAUUCGCUCUAACCAACAACUUACAGAUGAUCAUUGUCGGUAUUUUCUUUACCAACUAUUGCGAGGACUGAAGUAUGUUCAUUCUGCAAAUGUCUUGCACCGUGACUUAAAGCCUAGCAAUCUGCUCCUUAAUGCAAACUGUGACUUGAAAAUUGGAGAUUUCGGUCUUGCAAGGACAACUUCUGAAACUGAUUUCAUGACUGAAUAUGUUGUUACUCGUUGGUACCGGGCCCCUGAAUUGCUCCUUAAUUGUUCAGAGUACACUGCAGCAAUUGAUAUCUGGUCAGUCGGUUGCAUACUUGGUGAAAUUAUGACUCGACAGCCCUUGUUCCCUGGCAAAGAUUAUGUACAUCAGCUGAGACUGAUUACUGAGCUCAUAGGUUCACCUGAUGAUGCCAGUCUUGGGUUUCUCAGAAGUGAUAAUGCCCGGAGAUACGUGAGGCAGCUUCCCCAGUAUCCAAGGCAACAAUUCUCAGCUAGAUUUCUUAACAAAUCUCCAGGAGCUUUAGAUUUGCUGGAGAAAAUGCUCAUCUUUGAUCCCAACAGGCGUAUCACAGUUGAUGAGGCACUUUGCCACCCAUACUUGGCACCCCUUCAUGACAUAAAUGAGGAGCCUGUUUGCCCUCAGCCUUUUAGUUUCGACUUUGAGCAGCCAUCCUGCACUGAAGAGAAUAUCAAGGAACUCAUCUGGAGGGAAUCUGUGAAAUUCAAUCCUGACCCGAUUUAUUAAGGAAUUUCAUUUGACAAGUGAGUGUUAUCGAAUGUUGUUAGGUGUUACAGAGCCAAUAUCAUCUUAAGAAUGAUCCUCAAGUAGAACAGUUCAAAUAAAUAGAGUGGAUAUAUUGAGGGUUAACAAAAGUUGUUUCUACUAUUAACAUUGCGAUUCUUUUAUCAUCCUUGUAAUAUUCUGAGCUGCAGUAGACUAGUAGAGUUUAUAGUGUUACUCUUUGUUGAGUUUUCUAACUCUGUACCUUGGUGGUGAAAUGAUAUUUCUUUUUUCA